AUGCUUCUCCGGCCUCCCGUCGUCGCCGCUAUUCUCAUGUUGCACGCGGGCGCGGGCGCGAGCGCCAGCAGCACGACCUGUGCAUCAGACGACGCUCCCCGAGUUCGACGCACCCGCGACGGCCGAAGCUUCGUCUUCGACUGCGAGGCCAACUCGUGGCGGCUCCAGGAGCCUGCUGCUGAGCAGGUGCAAACCGAAGCCUCCUUGGCCCUCCCCUGGUCGCAGUUCAACGUCAGCUUCGAUGGUUCCUUCCAGAUUGCCGGCAGACCGAUACUGUUGGGUUCUGACCCAGAUCGCCGGCCGCAGACGACACAGGAGCAUGCCGAUACCGGCACGAGCAUCUGGGAUGGAGCGGUGGCGCUCAGCAAGUUCCUCGAGAAACAGCCGGAGCUCGUGCGUGGACGCCAGGUCUUAGAGCUUGGUGCCGGGCGAGGCCUCGCGGGCCUUGCGGCUGCAGCCUUGGGCGCUGAGGCUGUGCACCUGACGGACCUGGCGUACUGCUUGGAGGCACUUGAGACAGCUGCCCAGCUGACUGCUGCCGCGGCUCAAGACCGUGGCAUCGUCGAGGUGGCAGAGCUGGAUUGGGCCAGGGCGGCUGAGUUCUUCGCUGGAAGGCCAGGCAUGCAGCUGGACGUCGUUCUGGCGGCUGACGUGGUGUGGCUCAUCGAUCUCGUGGAGCCCCUGGCGGAAGCGAUGGCUGCGGUUGCGCUGCGAUUCCCGACGGUGGACUUCCUGGUCGUUCAUCAGACCCGUUCCGCGAAUGUUGAACGUGCUUUCCUGGAGGUCGAGGGCAGUGACAGUGAUGGACUUCUUCAGGCCCAGGAGAGACACGCGAAGAUGAUGGCCGUAACCGAUGUUUUCAGCAAGAUCAAGGAACGGGUAAGGGACGCGGGCAAGCCCCGCUCCCUGGUGGUUGCGGGUCAGCCCCGCACCACACGUGACCGCGGGAAGUCCCGCGUCACAGGUCGUACUCCGAGGCGGGUGGUUCUAACUUAUAGCCUGGAGGAGGCUCAGGAGCGAGACCGGAUCCUCGGGACGACCGCGGCCAAAAGCCAACCAAGGAAGCCCAGGCAGACAGAGGCUGGGUACGAGAAGAUCAAGUGGAAGAAGGAGAGGCGACGAAGGAAGGAAAGGAGCCGCCUCGACCUUCGAUCGGUUCCUCGGGAGGCUCAGGCAAAUCGGGUCAUGAGGUCGGUAGCACCGACACGAAGCAAGCAGGCUUCGGGGCGCAAGAGGGACUUAGAGGAGUUCCUGACCGAGCAAUCCGCUCGCUUUGCGCAACAGAGGUUCCGAGAGAGAGUGGAGACCCAGGAGGCGAUCAGGACCAGGCGUCGCAAGGCCGCCCCGGCUGUGCGCAACUACGACGAGGACGAGGAGAGCAGUGAGAGCUCGGAUGGAGAUGGAAGCGGGGUUCCGCUGGAGCAACAGCUCCAGCAGCAGUUGCAGCAAACUAACCUGAUGCUGCAGCAAAUGAACAACAGGCUGGUGACUCAGGAGGCCCAGCUGUUGCAGCUGCAAGCGUCAGGAUUGGCAGCCCGGGGAAGGCAGAGCACCUUCGAUACCGACAUGCCGGGCCCAAGCCAUCCACCGGCCCCAAGGGCCGGCCUGGUAGACACCAGGCAACUCGGGAAGCCCGAGGUUUUCAAAGGGUCCACGGAGGAAAGCUUCAGUGACUGGUCGUUCAUCUUUAAUUCUUACCUUAGCUGCAUCGACUCAAGGUACAUCGACCUGCUGGAGCAAGCGAAGUUUUCCAAGAAGAGCUUCCCAAACAGGGCUCUUUCGGAUGUGGACCGGGACCUUUCUUGCCAACUCUACUAUAUCUUGGUGAUGCUCCUGCGCGGUAGGCCGCUUGACAUCACUUACAACACGGGCCUCGGAGAAGGUCUUGAAUCCUACCGGCGCAUCUUUGAGGAGUUCCACCCGAGGGUUGCGUCACGCUAUGUGGGCACUCUCACAACGUUGCUUUCAAGCAAGUUUGGUGAUGAUGUUGAGGGGGACUUAGCGGCCUUCGAAAAGAGCGUCCGGAGGUAUGAACAGGAGAGCGGCAAAACACUGGAUGAGGAGAUGCUUUUGGGCAUUGUGGUGAAUGGGCUAAAGGACAGCAGCCUGCAAAGCCACAUCAUCCGGAACUCAAGCCGGCUCAAAUCCUUUACGGAUGUGAAGGCGGAACUUUUGGAGAUUUCGAGGACCAACCGCGUCCUGCAGAAUCUCCCGCAGCCAAUGGACCUUGGAGCUGCACCGUGGAAAAAGGGCAAAGAGAAGGGCAAGGGCAAAGACAAAGGCAAAGGCAAAGGCGACAAAGGGGGUAAAGGCCAAGGCUCAGACAAGCAAAAGCCCCAAGGCGCAAACCCCAACAAGGACCGUGAGUGUUGGUACUGCCAUAAGAAAGGGCAUGUAGAAGCCGAGUGUCGCAAGAAACAAGCCGAUGCCAAAGCCAAGCCCAAAGCUAAAGCAAAAGGUGGCGGGAAGAACCGCACACCUCAUGCGGCUAGCCCCGCUGAGGGCGAGGAGGAACCAGAGCCCAUGUCUGCAUCGCCUCAGGAGCCGGACCUUUGCUUUGGUGUGGUGGCGGCAACGCCCAGCACCGAGGCCAGUGAGACCGAGGUUCUUGUAGAUACGGGGGCAGGGUCUCACCUGUUUCGGAAAGGGUUUGACUCCGGUGCUUUGUUGGGUUCUCGUGUUUCGGGGCCUGGAAUGGUUACCGUUACGGGUGAGCCCUUGGCUAGCGACCAGAGGCUUAGGAGCCAGCUCGAAACCAGUGCUGGGACCUUUUCGGUAGAGUACGCCGAGUCUGAAAAGGUUAGGUUUUCGGUGCUUUCUGCUGGCCAAGCGGCCACGAAAGGCACCUGGACGGUGAUUGGCCCCGGUGUGCAGUGUAUGGUUCUAGAUAAGCAUGCGUGUAAGCUUAGGAAAGCCCUAGGAGAGACCAAAGACACGAUGCAACUCAGAAAGAAGAGAGGGGUAUUUUGGCUCCCAGUGAACGUGGUGAAAGAAAGUGAAAGGGUUGAAGACCCAGACGUGUUAGCAGCUACGAGGGCUGCUAAGAAGACGGUGCCAGCAAAGGCGCUGGCAGGUGAAGGCGAGGAGCCUGGUGAAGCGGGUGACUCCGCUCAGCCGGGUCAAAGCUCAAGUGCGGGCGGCCCCGCCGAUGCGGGGAGUUCCGCUGCGAAACCUGGUGCGGGUAACUCCGCCGGUGCAGGGUGUUCUACUGACGGCCCUGGCGCGGGUGGCCCCGCCCAGAGGCUUCCGGAGAUUGGCGACGUGCCAAUGGAAGUGUCUGAGGCCACGCGGCGGCCGAAGACAAAGAAGAUCCCGGACACGGUUAGCAAAGCCGAGUUUGACGAGCAUAUGCUUACGCAUCUGCCCAUGCGAAGCUGGUGCGAUCACUGCAUGCACGGCAAGGUGCGUGAGGAUGCACACUCAGCUCGAGAGCCCAGCGGUCGCGCGUCGGAGGUGGCGCGCAUCUCCCUGGACUACUGUUUUCUGGGACGGGCCUUGAAGGGCCCAGUGAACUCCGUGGAGGAGGUCAAGGUGCCUCAGGAUGAGAAGGAUGGUCUCCUUCCCAUUCUGGUGAUCGUGGACGAAAAGUCCGGUUGUGUUUUCUCUGGUGUGGUGGCUAAGGGCGUUAACCCGUAUGCCACUGGAUUGGUGACUGAAGCGCUCAAGUUCUGCGGGCGCCAAAAGGUCAUCAUGAUGAGCGAUGCUGAGCAUAGCAUCCGGGCACUUGCUGAAAGUGCCGCCAAGUCCUGGACUGGCAGCGUGCAGCACCAGACUGCACCGAAAGGUUCUCACGCAUCUAACGGCGCGGCCGAGCGAGCCAUUUUGGAGCUGGCGCGUCAGGUGCGAACUCUUGCGAGCGCGCUGGAGAAUCGCUACAAGAAGCCCCUGGAGACUGAGGGGGUUGUCUUUCCGUGGUUGGUGCGGCACGCAGGGUGGCUCAUCUCCCGUUUCUUGGUGAAGCAGGACGGGAGAACACCUUACGAAAGGCUUCGAGGCCGGGACUUCCGCGGCGAAGUUGCUGAGUGCUGCGAGGUCGUGCACUACAAGCUUGACAAAGAGAAGACUGGCAAGCUGGACAAGCAAACGUCAGUUGGAGUUUGGCUAGGCAAGUCUCUUGCCUCCGACGAGCACUUCCUGGGCACUGCUCAGGGGAUCCGUCGGUGCAGAAGCAUCUGGCGAAGGCCAGAAGAGAAGAGGUGGGAGCUGAAACACCUCGAGGGGAUGGUUGGGCUUCCCUGGCAACCGCGCGGAGAGCCAACUACCGUGCCUUCAGACAACAAGGCCCCAGCGACUCCAGGUCGCAGGCAGCCCUCGGUGUAUAUCACCUUGGAGCGUCAGAUCAAGCACGGCAAGACACCUGGAUGUCCUGGCUGUGAGUGUGAUGACGACAACCCAAAGCGGCACAACGACGAGUGCCGUAAGAGGUUCGAGAAGUUGUACCCGAGGCAACCGGUGCCAGGAACGCCUGGUACACCAGUCCCUGGGACACCUGCGGGACCCAUGGAGACUGAAGGAGGUCAGGCCGAGAUGCCCCAGGGCACCGGCCAAGACUUGGAGUCGGGAAGCACCGAGCCAAGUCAACCUUCAAGGCCAAGGGCCAUGGAGGGGACCUCUGAGGCUAAGUCAGGCCAGAAGCGAGAAGUUGAGGAUGCGGGUGUCCCCGCUCCUUCAAGUGACAGCGGGCAGCGCCGCGUUACUGGAAAGAGCUCACAAGGAGCGAAGAAGCAGAAGACGCCAGAAGCAAGAGGUGAAAAGCGUCCUCUUGAGGACCAGGAGUUGAUGGGGGGACUGCCCACGCUCCACGAGAAAGGCGAGUGGGAGCCUUUGUUUGCUUACCCUCUGGACGGCAGAGUGGAGGAGCUUGGUGCCUACGACGAACGAACAGGCUAG